AUCACGCUCACUUCAGUUCAAUAACUUUGGGGUAAUGUAGGCAGAUUUAAAGCCUCUUACUCUUGGAAAAUGGCACCAUCCUUUGGAUAUCUAGAGCAUCUUUAAAUGUCGCAUCAGCAGAGAUACAUGAAGAGGAAAUGUCUGCUUCAGCUUCAUCAUCUCCCUGGCUGCCUUUACUCUCCUUCUGCCUCCUUAUAUUUGCCUCAGCAGACCAGAAAAUCUUCACAGCAGAGUCCGGACAGAACGUCACUCUGCCAUGUCGAGCUCCAAAUAUCACUGUUCCCAUCAGAGCAGUGGAGUGGUUCAGACUUGACCAGCUGGAAGGACAUGUCCUCAUGUACCGGGAGGAGCAGUUUGUUUCAUUCAACCAGCUUCCAUCAUUUGUGAACCGGGUGGAUCUGCAGGACAGACGGAUGAAGGACGGAGACGUGUCUUUGGUUCUGAAGGAUGUCACGAGAAAUGACACUGGGACAUAUCAGUGUUAUGUCAUUCAGAGAGAAACGAACCACAGGAAGAGCGUUGUGGAACAUAUCAGCAUCAUCUACCUUCAUGUUGUUCCUCCAGGUCAGACAGGAGGACACACAGAGGAUGGAGGGAAGGAGGAUGGAGAGGAGAAGGAUGUAGGGAAGGAGGCAGGAUCUGUUGGACUGAAUGUUUGUCAUCUUUUGCUUCUUGCAGCUGUUGUUGCUUUUUCUGUGACCUUUAAAAAAUCAAAAGCACAGCAGAAGCAGAAUUACUACAAACCUCCAGCUGAACAGAUCGUUGCAAGGUUUCAGAUCCCGUAACAGCUGAAUUGAGGAGAUAAAAGAGGAAGCCAAGGCCAUCACGUAGGCACCAUAAGAGAGAAAGAAUGUGAAUGCUUAGUGUGGAGGAGGGCUGAAGCUACAAGAAUGUGAGAAACGGUCAGACACUUCGAGAUUUUGCAGGACACCCUCCCUUGCUCAUCUCCCCUCCGGAUGUUUAUGCUCAAAGUGUGUAAGGAAUAAUGAGAAUUAUAUGGAAUAAAGAGAUUGUUGAUUGAG